UCAAUUAAGAAGAGAAGAGCAACCUUGCAAUCUGUGGAGAACGAAAGGUAAUCAUCAAAGAGGGAUCUAAAAGAUGAAUGGUUCCGGUUAUUGAAUCUAUUGUGUGGUUAUUGGAGUGAGGAUGAGUGUACUUUUUUAAGGUUGAGAACAAGGGCAAGAGGAGAAGGAAAAGUAGGGUUGAAUACAACAUGGUGGACAGGGUCAGUGCAUUGCCCGAUGACAUUCUUGUUAGUUUAGUGUCCCGCUUGCCGCUAAAGGAAGCUGUAGCUACCAGUGUCCUUUCUAGGCGAUGGCAGAAUGUGGGACUGUCUACUAUGACCCUUAGGUUUGAUGCUAUUGACUUCUCAAUUUACAAUAAUUUACGCCACUACUUUCGCCAACCAAAAGAAUUUAAAGAGCAGGAGAGCUGGAAUUACAUCAAUUGGGUGAAUCAUGUGGUGCAACAGCAUAGAGGCGAACAUAUAGAAGAAUUCAGGAUUAGCUUCUGUUUAGAUAGUCGCUUUUCAAGUUCCAUUAAUGAAUGGAUUCAAUUUGCAAUGGAAAACAGUGUUGAAAUGCUUGAAUUGGAUUUUUAUCCACAAGUUUUUGCUAGUUAUGAAGACUAUACAUUUUCCCACAAACUUUUGGGUAUCGGUUUCAAAUACCUCAAAGUUCUUCAGCUCCGACAUGUUGGUGUGACUGGAAAAGUUCUCGAGUGUUUCCUGUCCAACUGUCCGGUACUUGAGAGAUUAUCAGUGACUUCCGCAAAAGAUUUGGUAAAUUUAAGAGUUGUUGGUUCGUUGAUUGCGUUGAAGUAUUUGGUGAUACAAACUUGUCUUAACCUGGAAAGCAUUGAGAUCAGAGACGUAAACAUCGUUUCACUUAUUUAUUGUGGAUUUAGAUCGACAAACCUGCUUAUCAGUAAUGUACCAUUGCUUUCUGAGGUAACAGUUUCUAAGCAGUGUUGGCAAAAGGAUUUUAUAAGGGUUGUCUUUACCCAACUUUCCUGCUGUCUUUCCAGCAUAGAGAUUCUGAAGCUGCAUAUCGAGGGAGCGGCCUACAAUGAGAAUCCUGUAUUGCCUCUAUUAGCAAAUCUGAAGCAUUUGGAAUUACUAGUUGCAGCAAAUUAUUAUAGGGCGCUUCAUCAUUUAAAUAACUUCCUGAAGGCAUCUCCUUACUUGCAGAGACUCGUAUUGAAGUUGCAGCUGUAUCAGGAGGGUCCAUCAUGCAUGGAAAUUGGAGAAAUUGAGAAAGCAGCUGAUUGCCCCCAUAAUCACCUCAAGGUAGUAGAAAUAGUUGGUUAUCGAGCUCAUACAUCUGGUGUUGAACAUGUCAUGCACUUAAUAAAGAAUGUUGUUGCACUGGAGAAAAUUGUGAUUGAUCCUGUACGGACAUGGAGAUAUCCUCAAGGAGUUGAUAGGCCAGAUACAGAACUCGUUAAAGAAGUCAAGGCCAGAGAUCAUGCUAAGCAAUACCUUGAAGCAAAAAUCCCUUCAGCUGUGGAAUUUGUGUGCCUGUAGUACGUCCAUGUGAUCUAGAAUUGGUUUCGUAUUAGAAGUGUUGUGUAUUUUUUUUUUUUUUUUUGGAAUAAGGUGUUUUCAACCUGGUCCAAGGGGAGACCCAUCUUCACAUGCCUAUGUUAUUACUAGAUAAGCCUCCGAGAUGUUGCGGGUUUAGUUUUUUUUUUUGCUUGAAUUAUACUAUCAAUCGGAUAAAUUGAA